AUGGCUCACCUCUUCCUCGCCAGUAAGCUCCCGAUGGACGACCCUCACGGCCGAGGCGGCGGCGGCGGCGGCAGGAUCCCCAAGAGCGCCAUGAAAAUCCCGACAUCCAUCACCGCUGAGAAGGCGAGCCGGGACAAGCUCAGGAAGGACCACGGCGUCGUCAUGGCAACACACGUCCCGCACAUCAACGAGGUCCAGCUGACGGCGGCCACGGGCGGCGCCGAGAUGUCGUGCUACCGCUGCACCGUGCCGUUCGGCGUGGUCGUCCUCAUCGCCGGCAUCGUGGUGACGGCGGUGGCGUACACCUUCAACUCCCACGGGUCGACCAUCUCGGUGCUGGGGCUGGUGCUGCUGUCUGCUGGACUGGGCCUACUGGGCUCCAGCGCCAUCUGCUGGAGGGUCCGACUCAGGAAGAAGAGGGACAAGCGGAGGGAGAGUCAGACCGCCCUGCUGGCCAGUCAGGGGUACUGCGUGGCCUGA